GGCUGCACUGAGUCGGCGAAGCAUGGCCCGAGCGGAACCUUCCCGCUUCCUCCGAGCAGCUCCUGGCCGCUUUAAGCGCGCGCUCUCGCCCCGGGGGGAGAGAGAGAGAGAAAGAGAGAGCGAGGGCAGGCACAACCUGUUCGUUUGUUCCCUCCGGCGAGUUUCAGGUAUGCAAGGCAGUGCGCAUGCCUCUCAGCUGGGUGUGGCGUGAGCGUCUUUUGUUGCUGGAGGAGGAGAAGAAAGAGAUGCAAUUUCUUUAAGAGCGAUUGAACAGGUUGGGAGAAAACUCUCGUCCCGGCUCCAAGACAUAAAUUCUUUCUGUUUAAUUGUCCAGAGCUUCCACGAUGUCAUCCAGACCUUUUGAAAGUCCACCGCCUUAUCGACCUGACGAAUUCAAACCUUCAAACUAUGCACCAAGUAAUAAUACAUAUGGUGGUGAAUUCCAUUCUCAGCCCAUGUUCUCUCAGCCAGCAUAUUCUUACUAUCCAGAAGAAGAAGUGCAACACUUCUACAAAUGGACGUCCCCUCCAGGAAUAAUCAAGAUCAUGUCAAUUCUCAUAAUAGUGAUGUGUGUUGGUGUCUUUGCUUGUGUUGCUUCCACGCUAGCUUGGGAUCUAGACAUGUAUGGAAGUAAUCUGGGGACUGGCAUGGGAUAUCCUGGUGGAUCUAGUUUUGGAAGCGGCUAUGGUUAUGGCUACGGCUACGGCUAUGGAAGUUAUGGCUACGGAGGGGGUGCUUAUGGCCUUGGAGGGAAUUAUAUUGAACCUCGGGCUGCAAAAGGCUUUAUACUUGCAAUGACAGCUUUCUGCUUUAUUGCUGGACUCAUGGUUUUUGUAACAAGCGUUACCAAGAACAGUAUGGCAAGGACAACGAAGUAUUAUCUCAUAAUCAUCAUAGGAAGUGCUCUCUUGCUGUUCUUGAUGUUCAUUGCUACCAUAGUGUAUGUGCUGGCAGUCAACCCAACUGCACAAGCUUCAGGAUCGGUGUUCUACAAUCAAAUUUAUGCUCUGUGCAGCCAAUAUUAUGCUCCUACAAGUGCUGCACUCUUUGUGAAUCAGUAUUUGUAUCACUACUGCGUGGUGGAACCUCAGGAGGCUAUUGCUAUUGUCUUAGGGUUCCUGAUUGUCGUAGCUUUUAUCAUCAUAAUACUCUUUGCGGUAAAGACACGGAAUAAGAUGAAUCGCCAUGGUAAAAUGAAUAUCCUGUGGGAUAAUACAAAAGAUUAUGAAGAAGCUCCCAAUGUAGAAGAAUGGGUGAAAACUAUAAAUACAAAUCCUUCAUCACCUGCUCUAGUAACUGACUACCCAGACAGAAUUGCCAGUUCUAUGGCUUACUCAGCUUCUGAAGUUCCUGCACAUCGUGUCUAUCCUGAAAAUAACUACAGAUCUACACCGAUGCCUGCAACUAUUGAUCCCUUGAUAAAACAGUCUCAGUAUGCCAAUACCAGCAGUUACAAUGGGUCGGCCAAGAACCCAGCACAAAAAAGAAAAGCAGCAAGACAAAAAAGAAUCAACAGUGACAACUAUGAUGCAGAUUAUACCACUGGAGGGGAAUCAUGUGAUGAACUGGAAGAGGAUUGGGACAGGGAAUAUCCAGCUGUAUCAUCAGACCAUCAAAGGCAAUCAUACAAGCGAGACUUUGAUGUACAGCUGCAAGAAUACAAGUGUUUGCAAGCUGAGCUUGAUGAAAUCAGUAAAGAACUCUCUCGCCUUGAUAAAGCAUUGGAUGACUACAGUGAAGACAGUGAGGAAUAUAAGGUUGCUGCUGAAGAAUACAACAGAUUGAAGGAUAUCAAAGCAUCAGCAGACUAUAAGAACCGAAAGGAGCACUGCAAGAGGCUGAAGAGCAAGCUAUCACACAUCAAAAGGAUGGUCACUGAUUAUGAUAGUCGGAAGUCAUAACGGGGGCAGGGGGGCAGGUUUGCUUAAGUAUGUACACUUUCAUAAAGCUGGGAUGCAGUUGUUUUGGAUCACAAGUAAUUGAAGAAAGACUUUGUUUCUUUUUUUUACUUUACAACUGCGCACAUUUGUGCCAUGUUAAUAUGAAGCCUGAACUUUGGCACUCCAUAUAUUUGGGCCUUUUGUACUUGUCAUUGAUUCAAGGUUCACAUGCUGUUGGCCAUAACAUAAAGGAUUUUUAAAGAAUUGUUUAAAUUGUUUACCUUCCAUUCCUGUGAUGACUUGUGCUCCACUUUGCUUGGCAUGUUGCUAUGUGUGCCUUUUAAAAGCAGUUGAGAAAUACCUGGGCAUCAUAUUCCAAUUCCUUUUACAAACCCUACUUGUAUUUGUUGUGGUGUGGUAUCUUUUCAAAUACCAUUUGCAAUGUGGGUUUGGUGCUUUUACUGAAAUGUUAAUUUUACUGCUUUGCAGAUUUUGAAAACAACAUUUUUUGCUUGUGACUAGGACGUCUCUGAAUGUCCAAGUAAUAGAAUAUUUUUGAAUAGCACAAACGUGUAUCAAAAUUCUGCCAACGUUGCUCAUCUGGUAUAUUGCAGUAAUUACAAUGUGAAACUAAAUGUAAAUAUAUUUACUGUUUUUUUAAUUUCUCAACUUGUAUUUUUUAGAGUUUUACUAUACAAACAUUAAUUUUGAGUAAUCACCUAAGUGUCUUUUAUGAGGGUUGUUCUUGACAUUCUUUAUACAAAUCGUCAAAUAUUAUAUGAUUCACCAACUCUGUAAUGAAACAAAUUUGUCAUGGCCCAAGAAGGACAGAAACCAAAGCAGAGAUGAAUGACCUAUAGAGUAACGGAUGGCUCUCUUCUAAAGUGAUGACAGACAGACAACCUUUAUUGGCAUAUCUCAUGUAUCAAAAGCCCAAGGAGUCAAGAAAAAAAUGAAAUGAUCUGCAAAACUGGUGCUCAGGCUGUUUUAAGAGUGGCUAGGAUUAACCUAACAUCUCUUCAUCAUCAGUGUUGUCUCUGCCUGUUCUGCUUGGCUGGGAUUGUUUCCAUUCACCAAUGUGAUACUGUAAUCCUGUCUUGUGUCUCAUACUGCUGGAGUGAGAGUAACAUUUGGUUAUGUGCAAACUUGGUUCUGGAGAAAGGGCCUUUUCUAGCAGGGAGCACAAAUGGACUGUUCUGUACCUGAUGGCAGAGACUAGAAUGCUGUGGUAACUUGUUGCAUCAUUGUAGGUAUAAGGGAUUCAGCUGGGUUAGUAUUAGUGUAUUAAACCUAAACUUUAAAAAGCUGAAUUCAUUAAGCUUUGUAUAAUUUAAUAUAACUUUCCAUAGUUGUUUUAACUGUGCUUCGUGAGGUAUAACGAUGAUGAUAAAAUAUUGGUGCUGUUAAAUCUAUAGUGAUUGCAGUUUUCAGCCAAAGUUGUGAAGACAGGCAUUUCUUGAGGUUUGGAGAGAGCCGCAUUUGCAAUCAAUCUUUCUGUGAUGUGUUGAUGCAGCCUUAGGGAUGCAAGCAGAUCUCCUUCUGCUUUUUUCAGCUAUGUCAGGGAAUGUACAUAUGGCUGUAGGAUUUCAGUAUACUGCUUUAAAAAAUGAAAUCAGCUAAUAGAGAAUUAAUAAAUAUAAUUCAUGAGAGUGGAACUUAGACAUGCUAAGGUCUAACUUGAAUGUUAUAACUAUGUACAUUAAGACUGGUUUCCUUGACACUUUUUUUACAUAAAAAAUUACACUGA